AUUUAUUUCCCUCAAUUUAUUUUUUUCCCCUUUUAUUUCAAUAAAGAAAUAUACUGUUAUGACUAUUAAAGUGCCACCCGCAGAAAAUCUAUCUGAUAAUCAAAAAGGUAAACAUGCUUCUACGGAUGAAAGCGAGCCAACCUUGGACAUACAAAUUGAGCAGCCAUAUGGCAUCUCAACCGGAGAAGAGCUGAUGCCAUCUAGCGAAGACAAGCCAUACAGUAAGAAAAAGGGCAUUUUUAACAAUCCAUUUCACAAAGGCAUGAAAAAAGAUGCCGACGAAGUCGCUGUUGCUACAGUGAACACCUCAGUUGAGACAGCUAAUGAACAUAGGACUCCCAAAGGCUUCGGAAAUUUUCUUUCUAGGGUCAAGCAAACUACAAGCAGUAAUAACGUUAAAGAUUUAUCAGAACCUACCACAACUACAGUUUUGGUUGAGGAGGAGAGUGUUGGAGAAAAUGAAGGCGUGCAUGAAAAUGUAACAGAAACAGAAACGCCCACGUCAACUGAUCAUACGAAACGCCAGUCUUUAUUGAGUAAGUUUUUCGGUCAUAGCCAUAAAAAAGAAUCUGUCGCAGAAACACUAGAUCAAGAACUGACUGGAACAGAGCACCAUACAGAGGAGGAAGUUGUCACUUCUACCUCUCCUCCAUUGAGUCGCCGUGUUACUGGUUUCUUCAGUAAAAAGAUACAUUUUGGAUUGGACAGGAAGCUCAAAUCAAGUGAAAAAAUUGAAACUGAUGGAGAUCAUGUUAUAAUUGUAAAGGAUACAAACGAGUCCCCAGUUAUUGUUUUUAACGAUAAUACCACAACAAAUAAUAAUGCCCCUAAAGGUGUAACUGCUUAAAUCCCUUUUUUUAUUGAAUAAAUAUUAACUUUAAUGACAACAACAAACUGGGAUUUGGAUCGAUAACUGUAGCACUUGUGUUACUUAUUAUGAAUGUUAAAAGCAGAAAUGAUACGAUAAAACAAUUUAUGAUUGAGGAUUGUUGUUGUUGUUGUUGUUGUUGUUGUU